GCUACUCGCUGCUAUUUUUUUGCGUAACACAUUUUAACUAAAAUUUUCUGUAACAAGCAGUGAUUAGUGUGACAAAAUAUGUCGCUCGUGAAGAUAAAAGACGCUCCCACCGUUUGGAAGUACCUUAACGGAGUGGUAAAUGUGUACAAGCCGGCGGGCCUCACAGUGCAGCAAGUUCGCCACACAAUCAUCGGGAAUCUUUGCCGGGAUCUCAACCAACUGAAGGUCCGGCCUCCGCUGGAGCGAGUCACCAUCGAAAGUGGCACCGAUUCCAAAUAUCUCGUCCGUACGACGGAAGACCUCUCCGACAAUGUCCUGGUCGUUGGACCUCGCUAUCAACCGGAAGACAUCCGAAUCCGAAUGAGCGCCAACCAUGGUCGCCUGACGAGUGGCGUUAUAGUCAUAGGAAUUAACAAAGGGCUUUCAAUGGCCUACCGAAUACAACAGAAUCGACCCCUGCGAGUGUACCGAGUGACCGGAUUUCUAGGUAAAGCCACCGAAACUCACUUCGGUGAUUCGAGGGUAAUCGCAAAGGCCACGAUGAAGCACAUCGGAUCGGAUAAGAUCAAUCGAUUGCUCGCGUCGCUGCAGGCCUCCCAUCAAAAGAAGAUGUUCGAACUGUGCGGAGUUGAUAUGCAGUCGCAAGCUGCUUACGAUUUGGCGGUGAAAGGUACCAUCCGCCCAUCGGCCAAUACCCAGCCGAUGAUCUACGGUAUCCGAUUGGUAGAGUUUAGGAGACCAUUUUUCACCAUUGAAAUACACGCCAUCAACGAAACGGAAACCUACCUGGGCAACCUCAUCCACGAAAUCGGUCUAAACCUAAAAUCGGUGGGACACUGCGUCGGUAUCCGAUGCAUCCGGCAUGGACAUUUUGAGCUGAAAGAUUCGCUACUACGCAAAGAUUGGAACCUCCAGUGCAUGCUGAACAGUAUGGCCCAGUCUAACCAGUUGCUCAAACAGCACCCGGAAAUGUUGCAACAAAUCAAUUCCGAGCUUGUCGAUCUGGAAGACGAUCAACGUCUAGCGGAGGAUAAGCAAGGAUAAAUAAAAUCCUAUAUGUAGAA